ACAUAUUUUCUUUCUCCGCGCGCACCUAUAACAAAGAUAUACCACCACUAUCAAACUUUCUUAUUUAAAUUGCCUUCCUCUUAAUUCUUUGUGAUUGCAAUACUAUAUUUUUUCUUUUCCAGUUGAAAGAAGUGGGAAAUGGGCGGAGUUAAGGUGACGAUGGAGGUGGGAAGCGAUGGCGUGGCCGUCAUCACCAUCUUUAAUCCUCCGGUGAACGCUCUUGCUAUUCCCAUUAUCGCUGGAUUGAAAGAGAAGUGGACUGAAGCGACGAUGAGAAACGAUGUUAAAGCUAUUGUUUUGACUGGAAAUGGAGGGAGAUUUUCUGGCGGUUUUGAUAUCAAUGUUUUUCAGAAGGUUCAUGGGACUGGAGAUAUUUCUCAAAUGCCUGAUGUUUCUGUUGAUCUUGUGGUGAACAUAAUGGAAGAUGGUAAGAAGCCUGCAGUUGCUGCCAUAGAAGGACUUGCACUAGGAGGCGGCCUGGAAUUGGCAUUGGGAUGCCAUGCACGAAUUGCUGCACCACGAGCACAACUGGGGUUGCCAGAGCUCAGUCUCGGAGUCAUGCCUGGCUUUGGAGGUACACAACGUCUUCCGAGGCUUAUAGGGUUGUCUAAAGCUGUCGAAAUGAUGAUGACAUCUAAACCAAUAAUGUCGGAAGAAGGGAAGAAGCUUGGUCUUAUUGAUGCUAUUGCCCCUUCAUCAGAGUUGUUAAAAGUAUCUAGACAGUGGGCACUCGAUAUUGCUGAAAGGCGAAAGCCUUGGAUGCGUUCCCUUCACAAGACAGACAAAAUUGGUUCCCUUUCUGAAGCGCGUGAAGCGUUGAAGGUGGCUAGGCAACAAGUGAAACAGACAGUUAAGAAUAUGCCUCAGCAUUUGGCAUGCAUUGACGUAGUUGAAGAUGGAAUCAUCCAUGGAGGAUAUCAUGGUGUUCUCAAGGAAGCUAAAGUAUUUAAGGACCUUGUGUUGUCAGAUACAUCCAAGGGUCUUGUUCAUGUAUUUUUUGCCCAACGGGCAACAUCAAAGGUACCCACCGUCACUGAUAUUGGUCUCAAACCUAGGACGGUCAAGAAAGUUGCUGUAAUUGGUGGAGGUUUAAUGGGUUCAGGAAUAGCUACAGCUCUUGCUCUUAGCAACACAUUUGUUGUACUCAAGGAAAUUAAUUCUGAGUAUCUUCAGAAGGGGAUGAAAGCUAUUGAAGAAAAUGUCCGUGGACUGGUAGCUAGAAAGAAAUUGCCACAGGGCAAAGCAGAUAAAGCCCUUUCAAUGGUUAAAGGUGCAUUGGGUUACUCAGAUUUUAAGGAUGUGGAUGUGGUCAUAGAGGCUGUAAUUGAAAACAUUCCGCUAAAACAGAAAAUAUUCAGUGAAAUUGAGAAGGUGUGCCCUCCACAUUGUAUUUUGGCAAGUAACACAUCCACUAUCGACCUCAAUGUUAUUGGAGAAAAUACCAGAUCCAAGGAUAGGAUUAUAGGGGCCCACUUUUUCAGUCCUGCUCACAUUAUGCCUCUGCUGGAGAUAGUACGAACAGAGAAGACAUCUGUGCAAGCAAUUCUUGACCUUAUGGCUGUUGGCAAGGCAAUUAAGAAAGUGCCUGUUGUGGUGGGAAAUUGUACUGGCUUUGCUGUCAAUAGGACCUUCUUUCCCUACGCCCAGGGCGCACAUAUUCUGGCCAAUCUAGGAGUGGAUGUCUACAGGAUUGAUGCGCAAAUCACCAACUUUGGUCUCCCUAUGGGUCCAUUCCAGCUUCAGGAUUUAACAGGAUAUGGAGUGGCUGUUGCUGUAGGGAAAGAAUUUGGGUCAGCUUUUUCUGAUCGAACAUUUAAGUCUCCGCUGAUCGACCUUCUUAUAAAAAGUGGUCGAAAUGGUAAAAAUAAUGGAAAAGGAUACUACAUUUACGAAAAGGGAAGGAAGCCAAGACCUGAUUUUACGGUGCUUCCGAUUAUUGAGGAAUCAAGAAGGCUCACCAACAUAAUGCCUGGAGGAAAGCCAAUAUCUGUCACUGACCAAGAAAUUGUUGAGAUGAUACUCUUUCCAGUUGUAAAUGAGGCAUGUCGUGUUUUGGAUGAGGGGAUAGUAGUCCGAGCAUCUGACCUUGAUGUCGCAUCCGUCCUUGGAAUGAGUUUCCCAUCUUACCGAGGUGGUAUUGUUUUCUGGGCUGACACUGUUGGAGCGGGCCAUAUAUAUAGAAGUCUCAAGAAGUGGUCAGAACUAUAUGGUAAUUUCUUCAAGCCCUCAAGGUUCUUGGAAGAGAGAGCGACAAAGGGCAUCCCCUUGAGUGCACCUGCUUCUACAUCUUCAGCUUCAAGGUCACGCAUUUAAGCACAGUAUAGAAUGUUCCUACAUCUGGGAAACAAGCAUGUAUUUGAAAUAUAGAAAGGUAACGACUUUCUUGUAGAGGGGCACGUAUGUCAUGCCUGUAAGUGCAUGUAUGAUGCAUUGUAAUAUUUCCGUGACUCCUAAUAAAGUUUAUUUCUAGUUAGAUGGGUGAAAUUCACCAGCUUUGUUUAUUCCCCCCCGGGCCAAGGAGGGGGGUAUGUUUUGAUUUGAUAAACAUGAUGCAAACAAAACAGUUUCUCGAGGUGUGUAUUAGUUUCUUAUUCGUUGCUUCCUUUGCUGGAA